AUGAUUUCACCAAGUGCUUCAUCAUGCUCAGACCACUUGAUGGCCGUACUGUUCAAGGGGCACCCCUUGGGACUGUACCGUUACGUCCCAGUCGACGGAUGUGAACCGCAGACUGCAGAUGUCAGCUGUCGGAUCAUUCCAAUUUUGACGUCGGAUCAUUUAGCGCCCGGGGACACAUCAUUGCGUGUGACGCUCGGCCAUUGGUGCGAUGAUGCGAUCCAAAAAGGAGGGCGCUUUUUGGCCCUUUGCCCCUCGCUGCCGCGGUGCCUGCGAGAAUUGGUCGAAUGGCCAUGGUGCCUUUUUUCUCGGAAGGGAAGUACUCUAACGUGA